ACGACAUAAACUUGUAAACAAAUGUCCCGGUCCGUUUAGUGCCUUUCAGAAUGUAGCUAAGGAAGUAGCUACAAUUUAUUAAUUCUUCUUUCACUUAUUUUUGAAUCCUCCUUUUCGCCGUUCGACCCUUUUAAUAAAUGAACCAGGAUUUAUUUGAGAACCCAUUUGGAAUUCCUCCACCCUCUGAUGAUUCUUAUGCAGCGCUCUCAAAAUUCACAAAUGAAUUCGCAAAGACGAUUCCCCAAUAUCAAUUUGAUUCGUUCAGAAGCAAACUGGCGAGCCUUUAUGAAGCACUUACAUCUAAACUUCGAGGAGGAGAGACAUUUUCACAAGAUAAUAUGUCUGAAAUUCGAAGAUUGUUUCAAAUGACUGACGAAAAGUUUAAUGACGAAGUUUAAUAUCCUUAGAGAAGACGUUCGUAGCCUUAGAAAAGACGUCGGUAGCCUCGGAGGACGACUGGAAAGACUAGAAGGACAAUUUGAGUCUAAUGCUAUCAAUGUUCAGGCAAAUAACGGUGAGAUUCACACAAGCAUCCGCCGAAUUGAUUCUAAAGUUAACAAAACAAGAACCUUAGCCCAGAGAUCUGAAAACAUUUUACACAGAGUUAUGGCUAGUGAUACAAAGCCAAUUCCGUUUGUCAACGGACAGCAACAUCCUGCUGGGCUGCCUGAAUUAAUAACUAUUUCUGACAUUGAUGGUCUAAAUCCAGAACAAUUGAAAACAUAUCUAGAGGGAUAUGGCGGUAACUAUGAUGAGAAUGAGCCACGAGUAUUUCAAAAAAAAAGCUUUCUGAUUACGUCGGUUUUAUUACGCCCCAAGAAUCCCGUUACGAGUUUUCAGAUAACAAUGAACCUUUUGAAAAUGCAGGAAAUAAGCGGGUCACAAGGAGUAGCACUCGUCAAUAUCGAUGAAGUUUUACGAUUAGGGAUAUUAAUUUCAUAGCACCGCUUUCACAGGCUAAAGCAUUUCCAAACUUGUACUUAUGAGCAAUGAGAAGUCUCGGUCAUAUGAGACUAUCUGACACCAAACUCACAGCUUACUCAAGUAAGGUAGCAGAAACUUCCAAGUAUGGUGUACUCGUUACCUUGAUGGUUACGGAAUCCGCUAUGGACUUGAUAGAAUAAUCAAACCAAAGGAGCGUCUUUGUAUCGGCAUCGGAUUUACAACUAACUACUAAUAUUGAGUUUUGAUUUUCGAUUUUCUGCAUUUAAGUAAACUUCUAUAGGGGUCAGACUUUUCUUUUCGUUUUUACAUCAUAAUAACUAACCUUCUCAAUAAUUGCAUAAACUUAUUUAUUUUACAUCUUUAUAGCAAAGGGUGAUGGAAUACUCCAACCCGAUCAUCUAAGAAAUUCACAGUAUCCCAGGUAAACGCUCGAAAAUGCAGACAAUGGAACGAAUCAGUAAAUGAAAUGAGAUGCAGUACUAUUGUCACCUUGAAUCAUGGAUUAUCAAUGGUCGAAUAGAGAAUUUGUUUGACUAUUUGAUUUUCUAUUACUAUUUUUAUUCACGUCUUUUCAAGUCGUCAAUUAAAAGAAAUUUCACUUGCAAUUUGGUUUGUUUUUGUAAAUCACAUUUUUACUUCUUAUUUACAUUUUAAGCUCAGCUGAUCACCUUUGCUUUAAAGAAUUUAACAAUGUCCUUUCAGUUCGUUAUUUUUGUACAUAAACACUGCCUGCAGUACCUUGCCAGUACUCAUAAUCUGUCCUAAAGUGAUUCGAUUCUGU